AUGACGGCGGCAGACGAAAUAGAGAUGGCUAUUUUGAACAAGGCCAUGUCUGAGGACAAGUGGUUCGAAGCAAAAGCAGUCAUUGAUCGCCAUCCUAAGGUAUUGGACGUAGAUUUUGGAGCUUCCAGAGGCGGAACACCUCUUCAUAUAGCUGCAAAGUUCGGGCAUGUAGGUAUAGUAGAAGAGUUGGUGAGACUAGUUAAACCAGAAUAUCUUGAAAUAUUCGAUUAUUAUGGCUACACUCCACUUGCAACAACUGCCACACAUACGGGAUCCAUCCCAAUUGCAAUAUGCAUGAUACACAAAAAUAGAACUGCACUUGCAAUUCCAGCUCAACGGCCUUGGCAGAUUCCUGUUACCUUGGCUUUGUUUUGUGGCCACAACAAAUUGGGACGUUAUCUCUAUUCUGUCACUCCUUUGGAAGUUCUCAAACCAGAAGACGACUCUGUUGUGGGUCCUGAGUUUCUCCGAACCUGUUUGAGAAUUGGAGAAUUUGAUGUUGCCUUGCAUUUGCUCCAACGAUGCCCGGAGCUGCUUUUUGCUAAAGAUGCAGAUCGGAACUCAACAAUUGCGAAUAUUGCACUCUCUCUUCCUCAUUCUCUUCACAAAAGUCAACUUCCGUUCUUGAAGCGAUGGGCCUAUCACUAUAUUAAAAUACCAUCAACAACAACCACUGGGCAUUUCUGCGUAGAUAUUCAGCAAGAAGGCGAGGGCAGCAGAGCUGGUCAUCAAGGAAUGAAGGAAAUAUAUAAGAUGAAGCUGCAGCAUGCACAAGCAGCUGAAAUCCUAAACCUAGUUUGUCAGAAUCUGAUGCUUUUGCCUGACGACAAUAAGAACGUCAUUAGAACCGCACUGAAUUUUGCAGCUGAGCAAGAGAAUGCUGAGUUUGUUUUGCGAGUAACAAAGGCAAAUCCAGAGUUAAUCUCUCUAGUUACAAAUGUUCACACAAGCUUUCCUGUUUUCUUCAGAACUGUUGUUGAAUGUCGUAAAGCUGCGGUUUUCAGCCUCUUCCGUGGUUUUCGCUUUAAGAUUAUGGCAGCAGCAACAGCAGCAGAAGAGACAACAAAUAACUUGCUGCAUGCAGCAGCCUCGUUAGCUCCUGAUUCCUACCUUAGCAGAAUCUCCGGUGCCGCACUGCAGAUGCAAAGAGAACUGCAAUGGUUCAAGGCUGUCGAGAGUGUGGUGGAUCCUGGAUAUAGGCUACAUCAAAACAAGAAGGGGCUGAUUCCUCUAGAAUAUUUCAAAGAAAACCACAAAGAGCUAAGGGCUCAAGGAGAAAAGUGGAUGAAGGAAACAGCGUCUUCUUGCUCAGUUGUUGGGAUUCUAAUUGUUACCAUCAUGUUUGCCGCAGCUAUAACAGUUCUUGGAGGGAACAAUCAGAAUUCAGGGUACCCAAUGUUUAUGAAAGAGAAGUUAUUUAAAGUUUUCUUGAUCUCAGAUGCGCUUUCUUUGUUUUCAUCCACUACUUCUGUGCUCGUGUUCUUAGGAAUCCUCACCUCACGCUACGCGGAAGAGGACUUCCUUUACUCACUACCUACAAAACUGAUAAUAGGUCUUUCUACACUGUUUUUGUCUAUUGCAACUAUGAUGAUUUCCUUUUCAGCAACAAUAAUGAUCAUGUUGCAUGAUAACUCAUCACGUUUAUGGGUUACUCUUCCUCUUACUAUGCUGGCUAGUGUUCCGAUAACUGUCUUUGUAUUAUUACAAUUCCCUCUUCUUGUUAAAGUGCUUUUUUCUACUUAUGGUCCAAGCAUCUUCAAGAAGAAGGUGGAAGAGUGGCCAUGA